UUCUGAAUUAUACUAUCAUAGAAAUGUGGAACUGCACGAGAUCUUUUAGCCCAGGGGGACCUGUUAUAGGGCCUUUGCUACAACCCCAAAAGAGAGACUUCAGCUACAGCAUGUCUAAUCUAUCUGUGGCUCCUAAAAAACUGUUUUCCAAUCAAAACUUUGUUAGUAACCAUUACCCAAAAGUACAAAACCAUUUUAACAACACAGCCUACAGCCCAUAUCACAUGUGUCAUAACCCUGGUGACACAAUUGAAAUCAAAGUAAAGUCUGCUGAAAAUUCUAGUCAAAAUAAUAUAGAUAUCAUUCAAGAGAGUCUUCCUGUAGAGAAAAGUCCAGUUCAGGAUAGUCAAAUGUGCUCUACCAGAAAACGGUGUAAGAAAAAUCGAAGGAAUCGUAAGAAGGUUACUAACAAAAGUUCGAAACAAAAUAAAUCCAGAAGACAGAUUACGGAUAUGAUGGAAGUGGAUGUUGAACCUGAUGUCUCUAUGGACAAUGCUGACUACAGUAUGAGCUCUAACUUUCCUAGCUCAUCCCCAACAUGCAUCAGCGUAGCUGACUUUCUAUUGGACAUACCCGCCAAAACGAGCAAAUCAGACGACGAUGUGUUCACACUUAUAUCCAUCUCACCCUCCAUCAGCUCCAGACCCUGCUCCAGAGAAAGAGAGAUAUCUAUCUGCGAAUCCGAAGACAGUUUCAUCGUCUUCGACAGUGGCACCGAUGAAGAAUUGAAGUUCUCCGAUUCGGAGGAUAACGCUGAAUUGGAUUCAGAAGACACUGAUGAUGAGGACGAUGUAGUGGACGGUGGAUCCGAUUCAGAAAGCGAUGACGACUGUGACUCUUCUUUUUCGGUUGUGCCUUGUAAGAGGGUUCGAUUCGCCGAUAACGAAGACCUUUGCGAAAUCCAUCAGAUGGUCCAGUGGUCUUUCGCAUACAGAAAAGCACGAAAGGGUCCUUGGGAGGAAUACGCCAGAGACAGAGAACGAUUCAAUAAACGUAUUAGCGAAACAGAACGAAUCCUUGCUCCAAUUUUCGACGGCAGACAUAGAGAAAAUGUGUACAAAUCGAGAUUCGAAGACACGAUAGGUUAAUCUGUAUAUGCAAAUUUAUCCGAAAAGACCAUUGAAAGAGUUCAGUUUUAUCCCUUGUACAAUUUUAACCCUUAACUACUGACGUGGAUGUUUUAGGACAUAGAUUCAGGCAUGCGGUAUGUCAUACCGUUGCCAGUUCUCCUUUGUUUUCAAUAUGAAUUUGCUUUAUAUCACUUUUUUUACAUCAACUUGAAUAUGAUUCUUCAUUCUACUGUAGAAUAAAAUUCUGUUCCAAAUAAAACAAACUUUAUUUUUCCAAGAAAGUUAUGAACGCAUGGAUAAUAUUAAAGAAAUGGCGAAAGUUCUUGCAAAAUUCUUUAUAAACUGAAUUACAAAAAAACUUCAGUAUUGGUAACUAAAAAAUACUAAAAUAAUUUUAAAAGCAGUUGAAGGCAGAACAACUGGAUGAACUUGUUGCCAUACUAAUAACGAAAUAAUACACUGGACUGCUUUUAACUAUAGAAACGUAAACACUUACAUGCGGCAUGUGAUACCGCAAGUAAAUUUUACGUCAACGUAGCUCAAAGACUAAACCAUACUAAAACUGCAGCAGUUUAAGAGCAGGUACAAUUACACAUAACUUACAGGUAUACAGAUGGUAAUCUUUUAUAAAAGAAUUUUUACAACAAAAUGUAUUCGGCGCGGUCUGGCAUACCGCACGUCAGUGAUUAAGGGUUAAUAUUACUAAAUGCACAAUGUACUUCAAUGAAAAUAAAAUUUUGGAAAUAAUGAAGUUGUUGACAGGCGGUAAAAUUCUUAUUUUUCUAAGGUCUUUUCUUGUAUUACAUAUAAAUCCGUUUUUAGUUACUAAGCAUCACGAAUCGAAGACUGAAAUGAAAUCAUUUUUCAUGUUUAAAUUCACAUCCAAAAAUGACCUGGUUGCCCCUUUGAUUAAUAGAGGCAUAUACAUAACCCAAAUAAGUCCGAAACUAUUCUUUUGAAUUUUUUAAAUACUUAAUUAAAAAAAUUAUAAAGAAGUAAAAACUUCGUUUGUAAAAUAGUAUAUGUUUUAUUAAAAAAAACUUUUGAAAAUCAUCCAAGUUGAUUACAAAAAUUCCAGAACGUUUUCGGUCUUGUCAGACCAUCAUCAGUGAAACAUUGUGUCUUGGGUGACUAUGCAAAUUGGUUAAGGUACUAGUACACUUUAGAAGAACAAAAUUAAGCAUUGUUUCAAGAUUUUUUUCUCACAACCUUUAUUAAAAAUGAGCAUAAAACUUUUUACAUAUUAAUUAAUAUCUAACUCUUAGAAAAUACAAAAAAUAUAUCUUUUUUCAUUUAUGCUCGUACACUAAUAUUGUAGAGGGCGCCAAAGUCGAGACCUCGAAAAAAAGUAGUUCCGAUGGCGGACAGUUAAUCUCGGGAUUGGGAUCUCUGAAACAAAAAGAUCGUACGGCAUUUGAAAAAGGAAGGUUUCGUACGUGACAAUAUACCACCGUUAAUGGUAAAAAAUUCCUCAAAAAAAAGUUUUUAAGGAAAUUUGAAAAAAUUUUGUGAAAAAAUCGCCCGUUUUUCUUCAGUUUGUUAUCCGUAAAUUGUCAUCUAAGAAACCUUCCUUUUUCAAAUGCAGUACGAUUAUUUUGUUUCAGAUGUCCCAAUUCUGAGAUUAACUGUCCGCCAUCAUUUUUCGAGGCCUCGACUUUUGCGCCCUCUACAAUAUUAAUGUACGUGCAUAAAUGAAAAAAGAUAUAUUUUUUGUACUUUCUCAGAGUUAGAUAUUAACAUGUAAAAAGUUUUACAGUUGAGUCCGGGAAUCUUUAGCCGUGCGUCAUCAUUUAAAACAUACGAAAUAAGUCGAUGAUAAGUCGGAAAUUGAAAUUUACUAAACGCAACAGCAAGUCACUUACUGUCACUUGCUGUUGCGUUUAGUAAAUUUCAAUUUCCGACUUAUCAUCGACUUAUUUCGUAUGCUUUCUAUGAUGACGCACAGGUAAAGAUUCAGGGACUCAACUAUAUGUCCAUUUUUAAUAAAGGUUCUGAGAAAAAAGUUCUUGAAAAAAAUGAUUAUUUAUGGUCUUCUAAAGUGUACUAGUACGUCAAAGGUUUGCUGGAUCCUCUUUUUAUUGUCUUUUUAAAGGCUUCAAGAAUGCCUGCUUUGACUGCGUUGCUUUCUUUUUUUUACUUGCCAUUUUUUCUUUCCUCUUCGUGUGCCUCAUCCUAAAGAACUUGGCGAUCAUCAUGGCUCAAUUAACUCUGUCUGCAACGGUUCUAUUGUUUUUCCACUCCACUGCUUUAAAUUUUUCAACCAGGACCUAUGUCCUCUCCCUGGUCCUCUUUUUCCUUUAAUUUUUUUUAUGACCAAUCGGAUCAACUCGUAUUUUUCAUUUUUUAAUACGUGACCAAAGUAGCUCAUUUUCUUUCCUUCAUAGUGUUAAGUCUUUUUCUUUUUUCAUCUUUCUUAAAUGUUUCCCUGUUUGUUACGUGUUGUGUCCGUGAUAUUUUCCACAUUCUUUGAUAUCACCACAUCUCGCUGGCAAGUCCUUUCUUCAGUUGCGACUGUAAUUAUCCAGGAUUCAACUCCAUAUAAAAGGGUAAAGGAUACGUAGCAUCUCUAUACUCUAGUUCUAAUUUCUAUUUCCAGUUUUCCAUUGCAUGAUACUGCUUCCAUCUUAUUGAAAGUGGUUCUGGCCGAUCUCAUUGCGUCGUUUUACUUUAGCAGUCCCAUUGUUCAUUUAGCUUACAUUCCAAGUAAUUGUAUCUGGGUACUUUCUGUAAAGCUUUUCCUCAAACGUAGAUUAUUUCGUCUUUAAUCCUGUUCUUACUGACAAUCAUGAUAUUUGUUUUUUGUGUGUGUGUGUUCAGAGCCAUUCCAUACCUGUCGCAGUACUGCUUAGUGCGAUCAACCCAAAUUUGCAGGUCUUCUCUGUUAUCCGCAAGGAGCAUUGUAUCGUCUGUAUAUCUGAGGUUAUUCAUUAGUGGUCCGUUAAUUGAUAUGUCUUCUUUGAUUUCUUCUAGCGCCAUUUUAAACAUCUCUUCUGUGUUGUAUUUUGUCGAAGGCUUUCUCAAAGUCAACCGAACAUAUGAAUACGCCACAGUUAACAUCUUGACACCGUUCUAUGAGUGUUUGUAUAUCUUGUAAAAAGCAGUGUUACUAAAUUAGAGCUACAUAUUUGUAGAGUGUCCAUUUAAAAGGACAGUGGCUUUAUCAGGGUUAAAAUCUUGAUAACUGUAUAAAACACAACGUGUAGUGCAGUUAUCUGUUUAUUACUUUUGGAACAACGUUUCCCUAUACAGUGUAAUUCAUUUGAUAUAGUUCUGCAAGUAAACUAAGAGAGUCAUUAAUAUUCAACUCAACGGGGUACGAUUGAUGGAAAUGUGUACUUAAAUAAACAAGGGAUCAUUCCAUAAAACAGGUAGAUCCCUUGUUGAUAGAAUUUCACACCUUGAAGAAUAGCACCCCUCUGAGCUAAACAUUAACGACUCUUAGUUUGCUUGCAGAACUUUAACAAUAUUCCUUUAUACAUUUACAUCAAAAUAAAUCGUUUUACUUCUGUGGGGAUGUUGUUGAAAUUGUUUGUAGGUUUAUCUAACAUAUUUUGUAUAUUGUAUAGCAUUAUAAAUCAAAAACAGCAAUCAUGAGGUCAAAGUUCUAUUGAAGAUAUUUAUACAUUUCAAAACAAUGCAAACUAUUGCAUGUCUAGACGUAUGUAUCAUCAAGGUGUAUUAUUCAUAUCAACAAAUUAUUCAGAUUGUUUGUGUUAUACUUCAAUUAAAAAUUGAAUAAUGUAGUGAACAUUUUAGUACUGAAUUAUUAUUAAAGCAGAUAAAUUAUCUAUGUAUAACGCUUUGUAUAAGGAAAUAGUUUCAUCCACUAACAGUGUGAUAGACCAGAGAAAUUACAGAAAUAAAAGACUUUUUUGUGACACUUUUUAAUAUAGAUAUCUAAUAAUUGCCUUUGAUAAAUUUGGUGAUAACAGUAUAAUAUAAUAAACAUAAUAUGCAAAAUAUUACAUCAUUUGUAACUAACAAACGGUAAUAAUAUGUAGUGCAGUCAAUGAGGGUAUUUGGCUCCGAAUUCCAUCCUACUACAUCGAUUUACUUCCUAAACACAGUCUACCCUAUAUCCUAUGCCGCUUUUAUCUUGAGGGUGGUUGCCACUCCUUCCCGGGGUGGAAAAUUUUUUAAUCAAUAUAAUCACGGAAGUGAUUAGAGAACUUAAUUCUAAACAAAAACUGUUGUAUAAUUGUUUUUGAAAAUUCAAUACUUUUUGACUUCAUGGUUGAGAAUUUGCGAUUUUCAUUGAAAAAGACAUCUUUUCGGACGGUUUUUUGCGAAUACCUUAAAAAUUAUGCAUCUAUAACUAUGUAUAUACAACAUUUUUGUAGUUUAUGAAAAAUCAAAGAGAUUCAUUUCUUCAUAAAUCUUCUAGUUAUAAUAAAAAGAGGUAUGGUAGGUGAAUAGGUGAAAAAAGAUUUUUUUGUUGCAUGCUCAAAUCGGUGUAGUCAACUUAAAAUAACAGAAUAUUGGUUGAUUUUAGGGAAGAUAAAAUGCGAAGUAUAUUUAACUCCCCAUCCACCAGAAAUUAAAUGCAUCCUUUUUCUUCUACAAUACUUUUUAUUACAGUAUUAUUUCUAUGUUCAAAGGACGAAAAUAAAUGGUUUUUGAAAAAAAAAAUAAGAUCAAAUUAUACAGAUUUUUAAGAACAUUUUUAAAUUUUCUUAAAAAUCUUCCUUUUUCUCCAUGUAACUCGAGAUACGAAAAAAAGAUACAAUACAAAAAGGUAGGGUUUUUUUAGAUAAUUUUUUUUCAUUACUGCAUCUCUUGGCAUUUUCGAGUGACAUGGAGAAAAAGAAGAUUUUUAAAAAAAUUUAAAUGAUUUUAAUAAAUUUAAUUUGAUUUUUUUUUCAAAAACCAUGCAUUAACCCUUCCAACUUUUUGAACAUUUUAAAGUCUCUUGAGCACUACAAAAUGUAACGUAGCAUCAUCACCUAAUAUCGACCAUUUCUGUUAUUUUACGUUGAAUACACCGAUUUGAGCAUGCACCAAAAAAAGUCUCUUCACCUACUAUGUCUCUUUUUAUAUAAUAACUAGCAGAUUUAUGAAGAAAAGAAUCUCUUUGAUUAUUCAUUCAUAAGCUACAAAAAUGUUGUAUAGUUUGUUUCAUUAGUUGCAUAAUUUUUAAGGUAUUCGCAACAAACCGUCCGAAAAUGUGUAAUUUUUUAAUGAAUAUGGCAAAUUUUCAACCAUGAAUAUCUCAAAAAGUAUUAAGUUCUCAAAAAAAAUUACAGAACAGUUUUUGCUUAGGAUUAUAUUCUCUAGCCACUUCUAGGCAUAGGGUAGACUUUGAAUUAGUAGAUAAGUAGAGGCUAUUCCCACAAUUUCAUUAAAAUGUGCUCGUAUUGACUGGCGUAAUAAACAAUAAAAGAAUUAUAAAUUAUAAUGUAAAAGUGACACAAUUUUACUAAAAAAUAUAUGUAUAUAUAUAUAUAUAUAUAUAUAUAUAUAUAUAUAUAUAUAUAUAUAUAUAAAAUUAUUUAAAAUGAGAGCUUGUAAAGUUAUUUUUGUUAAUUUGUUGCUUAUCUAUUGCAAAACUAGCUUCAAAAGUAGACUUUUUUGAAAAUUAUUAAUAACUUUUCUAAAAAUGCACAAAAUACUUUAAUUUCGCGUAAUAAUGGGAACAAUAUUACAUAUUGUUAUUACAAGAUUAAUCAAAAGCAAUUGUUAGAUACUCUUUUUUAUGAAUAUGUAAUCAUUUUUGGAAAUAACAUUAGUCUUUGAAUCAUGGGUUGGAAAUUUACAUAUGUAUUAAGAAAUUGGGAUGUAUAUGAAGAAUGAUUCGUGAUGUUUAUGACUUUCAUAGGCUGUGAUGUAACAUAGUACAUAGUUUCUACAUCUUUAAGCUGCUUCAAAUUAAUCUUUGAUUAACUGUGAUAUUUUUUAACAUUGCCAACAAGAUCUGAAUUUAUUUAAUCUCUUGCCUUAUCACCAACAAUCGAAACCAUUUUGGAUUACCACUUGAUCAAAUGUAUAAUAAAGGUUAUCGAUCUCUUUUCAUUUCCCUUCAAAGUAUUUUACUUGCGCCUUGUUUUAGCGUCGUCCUGAUCUCGUGGUUAUAAUCUCACUGUAUUUAUUGUUAUCUUUGUUUUUACGUUGUCUCCGUUGUUUCAUCAUCUUUGGUAACCACUUUCUCUGAUCUGAAUAUCAUCCAAAACUAAACAGAUUAAUAUAUAACUUACGAGAUGCAAUUCUCCAAUACACCAGGAAUUUCUGCUUCUUAAAAAAUAUAAUAAUCUGUGGAUCUUCUUCUGGUGCGCACUCCACUAAUGAAGGUUAGUAAAUGCCAUUGAAAAUGCGUCUCCAUCUUCUGCUUUUCUUAAAACCGUCUGUGUGUUUAAUCCGGUCCGGUCACAAAUGUUUUUCAACCAAGAUAUUUGUUAUCGUCUAUGGGGACCCCCUUUCCUUCGAUUUUACUCUUCAUAAUCGGCUGCAACAAUUCCUACUUGUCAUUUCUAAGCAUGUGCCCCUAAUAUGCUAUCUUUCUCCGUUUAAUGGUGGUCAAAAGUUCUCUGUAUCUUCCCAUUCUAUGCAACCCUAUUUCGUUCUUAAUAUAACCAGUCCGUGGUAUUUUCAAAAUUCUCCUAAAAAGCCAUAUCUCAAAAGCUUCCAGCUUUCUCAUUAACUCAACAUUGACAGUUCAAGCUUCAGCACCAUAAAAAAGGAUAAAGUGGAUAUAACAUUUUACCAUCCUUUAUCGUAUUUGUAGAUUGAGUCUUUGGUUACUCAGAAAUUUCCUCAUCUUCAAGAAAACUGCUCUUGAUUGCUCUAUUCUUGAUCGAAUUUCGGAUUUAGACCUUCUGUAAUCCAGACUCUUAAGUAUUUCAUUUUGCCCACUGGUUCAAUAUCUUCAGUUUUUAUCUGGAUCCUUACUGAUAAUCCAGGUUUUUGUUUUCUUUGUUUAUUGUUAAAUCAAACUAUUUCCCAAUAUCACAAAUUGGGUUUAGUAGCGUCUGCAGGUCUUUCCCAGUUUCAGCGAUAAUGACUAUGCAUUUUGCAUGACUAUGAUUCUUUAAAGACAAUCGUAAUAAAUGUCCGUGUGAUGUUUAACAGUUUUAAUUAAUAAAAUAGAUAACUAAAUUAUAGAUACUAUUAAAUUGACGAAAUGUAAAAGUGUUUGUGUAAUUGCGACCAAAAUUUGCGACCAAAAAGAAAUGUAGGUAUUUAGAGAUAAUUGCAUCUAAUUAAUAUUAUAACCGGCUUUUCAUAAUAUUCGUUUUAAAGCGUCUUUUUACGUCUUAUCCCCAAUAACACGUCCGUCGUCGUUCUGAUCUUAAAAUCGACUAACUCUCGCACCUACGCUAAAAACAAAUUCUCUUCGGCUAAUCUCCCUUCUCCGUUUUCCCCUGAGCGGGGACCAACGUUCCCAACCCAAUAAAAUUGGUUCAAAGUAUGUACCGCCCUUUUCCAAUAAACUAAAACUAUAAAAAUUAGUCAAGCCGGCUCCUUGUUUAUCUUUAACGAUUGAAAAUAAACACAAUCUUCUCACUAAACUACCCGUCGAUUAGAUACGCCCACACAGCUGUCCCUAAGGGUGUCGACAGCCGCUCGUUUCGUGUUUCUACUAAUAAUUAGAGAAAAAAUAUAUACAGGUGUCUUAAAAAUUAAGGUAAAAUAUUUACAAAUCUACAUUCGGCCAUCCUGCUCGGAAUCCGACCCGGAUUCCAUGUAGUUAUCUAUCCACGGCUUCAUGUACUCUGCACACGUUGAAGUGCUCUGAGGUCCAUCAUGGUAUCCAGAUUUCUUUACCUCGUAUCUGUCAUUUGGAUUCACUUUUACUACCACGUACUAAAUAUUUUUUCUGCAGUUUGAGUCCUCCACCAAACUGUGUUCUCUUGAUUGCCAUUGAUCUUGCCACUCUCCCUUUCUGUGUUCCAACUCGUUUCGAUAAUCCAACUCAUUUUGGGGGUUAUAAUCCCCCCCCCCCCCAGAGACUAUCAAGUAGUUGUAACUCCCCCUUAGGAUCAUUCUGGUUACACCUCUGAUCCCUUCUGUGAAGUUUUCAAGUUCUUGUGUAAAGAACUCUUGUGGAUCUGUUACUAAAUUCAAAAUGUGUUCUAAUUAUCUGAGCCAGAAUUGCGUUGAAAUAGUUCUUCACUCUUCUCAAGUGGUACUGAACUGCAUUUUUGUCUUUCUGUAAUAGCAGAAUUGGCUUUAGUGAAAUUUUUCUUUAUAAUUCUGAUAGUACAGAAUAGAACUUUCAAUAUUAAAAUAGAAAGUUUUUUGACAGCUCAGAUUAUAUUCACAAUUCUAAUAUCCGACAUUGAUAAGGUAGUUGAGAGUUAUUUUUAUCAGAUUAUUUGAAGUAUGCUAUAUUUAAAAAAAUUAUUAGUAUUUAUGGGAAAAUAGAUAAUAAUAUAUAAUACUAAUAUAUAAUUCUACUUUAGAAGUACACAUUUUUAUACUUCUUGUAAAUAUAUGGAUCGCCUUUCUAAACGGAGCCCUUGGACAUGCCAAGCAUAAUAUUUCAAAUUCGUUGGACAGAUGUAAUGAGGUUGACAGAAAUUACAAAUUAAUUGCAUAUAGUGUCCCAAAUUAGAGACACAUAAAAUUAUAUAGUGGUAGAUAAUGUUAUUUUUAAUAUAAUAUGCAUAUCUAUAUAAAUAUGUUUUUUUAUGUAAUUGUAAAAUAUAAAUAAAAUAUGAAAUUUUAAUAGAGAUAUAAUUUUUUUAUUGAUUUAUAUAAAAUUCAGACGUUAUAUUUACAAAUGUCUGUCCUUUUAUUGUUUCAUACAAUAUAUUCUUUAGUUUUCUAUGGUUUGUUUUUACACCAGGAGGAGUAAACUAAAAAGACAGAUUCACGCUCAAGAAAGUCACUAGAAAAAUCACCAAAUACAACUUCUUUUUUGGUUGAUCAUAUCGGCCUUCGACGGUAAUCCAUACAUAUUAUAUUAUACUAAUACGUCGCUAAAGAGUUCUAAAAACAACAUUUUUAUAUAAAAGUACUCCUAUUGGUUUAAAAACAGACCAUAAUAAAAAACGAGCAAUACUUCAUGGAAUGCUAAUUUCUAACUUUUAUUAUUUAUAGAAGAAAGAAGAGAAAAUAAUACCCCAAGUUUUUAUAACUUCGUAAGGAAGAAAUUACUGUAGCAGGCUGUAUACCAUUUAAUUACAAGUAAAAUUUAAUAAAAUAUUUUGUUCUGGUAAAAGGUACAUUAGUUUAAAAAGCCCCUAUAGGGCUACAAACAUAUUAACAAAACGUUUUCGCUUUAACAAGAGCAUCAUCAGUGCUUGUAACACUGAUGAUGCUCUUGUUGUAACGGGUAGUCCUUUCAAGACGACAGACUCGGUAAAACACAAGUUAAAAAUAAAGUAAAUAUAUUAAAUAUAAUUAUAUACAGUUUAAAACAAAUAAAAUAAAAUAUAACUCCGUCUUCUGCAAAGGAAAAACAAUAUUAAACUUUCUUACAGUUAUCCGAUGAUAAUAGCAACAUUAAAAUAAUACGAUAAACAGUAUAUUUAUAUACAAUAACAAUCUCGCUACGUUAAAUCAACAUAGCCCUAUAUUCCGAUCCGGAGAUCAUUCCUCGCUACUACCGCACACUGCGAUAACGGGCAUGGCAAGACUCCACGUCACUACUGUGGCGUCCGCCUAGGCAUAGUCCCACCUCACAUACGGUGCAUCUAUUGCCAAGCCAGCUAAUGCUCGCUCAAUACGUGAGCAGCAGCUGUUGAGCCAUGGUUAGUUCAAUUCGCUAGCAAUUACUGAUUUUCUCAUUCUCCUAGCUCGCCUUAAAUAUGCUCUCGAUGCCCUCCCCUUCGGUUUCCCCCAGCGAUGCUAUGCGCCAACACGGAUGCUCUUCCGGUCGUCUCUGGUAAAACAGCUCAUCGCUUGUCGAGGUAUCAUAUCGUUACAUUGUUACAAUCAUUGGCUCUACAACCCAUAGUGGCUCUUGAACUGUUCUAGAAUCCACCUCUACUUCUGUUAAUUUCAGCAGUUACUGUAUUACUUUGGUUGAUUUAUGAGCCUAGAUAUAUACUCUCUUUUACUCCUUCGAAAGUAUAUGCUCCAACUGUAUCCAAAAAUGCAACAUGUCUAAUGUUUGUUUUUUAGCCAAGAAGAGUGAUUCAAAUUUACCGCGCCGUAAUGCUUGUUUCUAAUUGGUCCAACCGCGGGCAAGCUUACUCCACUGAAAUUAAAUUUUGACACUAAUGACAUUUAUGAAAUUUUGGCACUUCUGUCAUUUUAUAGGUUAAUUAAGUAUAUCGGCGAUUUUUUGUUUUCUGCAUUAUUCCUUUAAUUUUUAGAUUUUUAGUCUACUUUUAUAUAAAAACAGUUGUUUUUAAAACUCUUUAGCGAUGUGUUAAUAUAAUAUGUAUGGAUUAUCAUCGAAAGCUGAUAUGAUCAACGAAAAAAGAAGAUAAAUUUGGUGACGUUUCUAGUAACUUUCUUGGGUGUGAAUCUGUCUUUUUAGUUUACUCCUCUUGGUUAAAAAAUCAACUAUAGUAUGUGUUAAUACUUACUGAGUGUUAGUUGUCACUGCUUUGACAUGAAUGUAUUGCCAACUGCUAAAAAAAUUAUAUAUGACUUUUAGCUUGUAUAAACCUAUUUAUAUCUGUUAAUGAAUUUCAAAUGUCAAUUGAUUCGGUAGGAUUCGUUACUUAACGGGGUAGGCGCAAAAUCUUGGCCCAAUAUAUUUAAAUGCACUCAUUUUUUUCGAAUCCUGAGAAAACUAAAGUAAUUUUUUUGAACUUAAACGCACAAUGGAAAACUCGCUGAAAACUUCUAUAACGUUUAUUUUAAUAAGUUACAGGGGUAAAAAACAAAGAAAAAUUUAGUAUGAUUUUUAAUUUCAAAUAUUUAAUCCAAAAGAAACUUUUGUUUAUUCUAAGGGACUUUCGGUAAUUUGUAAUGUAAUCUUUCAUUCUGCGUUUAAAUUUUUCUAAAACAUUUUCGAAAAAAAAAACGAAUGCAUUUAAAUAGCAUUGACCAAGAUUUUGCGCCUACCCCCUUAAGUCUGGCGGACCCUUAAAUGUUUUCCUUUCUUGCCUAAAAUCCGAACCCUUUAUUUUGUGUACAUAUUUUAGGUGGUUGGUAGUAAACUUUUAAGUGUAAUAACUUGUAUAUUUUUAUAGUAUGUCGUAAGUAAAUAUUUUAACAAUGCAAUUUAGAUUUAGUUUUUAUUUAAAAACAAAUAUUCUGGGACAUCCAAGUAUUAUAUCACAUUUUGUAAACGUAGUUAAGUAUGAGGAGAUAAUUUUAAAAACUGCAUUUAGUCAGUAAAGAAAAAAACAGCUGAAUAUAUCUUGUAUAGGUUUUUAAAGGUUCUAAAAGAUAUAUGCCUCAGAAAUCCUUAAAGAGCUAAGAUUCUUACGUGAAAUCGAUGAUUUUUUCACAGAUAGACUGGGAUAAUCCAGAAAUACAUUCAAUAAUUCUUACCACAAGGUAUUCUUCUUCCUCUUUAUAUGCAAUUCUGCUUGUUCGUUGCUUAUUGAUACCUCCAUGGAAGGUUGCCACUCCAUCUUUUGCAUUUCAGGUGAUUGUAUCCAGUGUCAUUUAUUUCCUGUCAUUCGUUAUUUAAAAAAUCUCGAACUUUUUCAACGUCUUGGUUCCGAGAGCCGAGCUGUCCGUUCGAGUUGGCGCCCUUUUUCUUUUCUUUCCUUGUUGUACCUCCAUAUCAUUUUAUCUCUAGCAUUCUUAUCUACUUUCCUUCCAUUUUUGUAUUGACGGGUCUCAUUUUCUUCCUUGUUACUGUCAUUUCAUUAUCCCAUCUAUCAUUUUAUAUUUCUAAAGCCAAUAUUCAGUGUAUUGAAGCUAGCCCGAAUACUCACUUGAGAUUCAGUGUCUCUCUGCCGAUUUGAUUUGUUCUUCUGAGCUAAGCCACUCUUCUUUUUGCAUUAAAUCUCUUCUCUUCUAUUUUCCCCCUAUUUCGACAGUUCUUUUCUUCAAAAAUCUCAAUACCCAGAGUAUUGUCAUAUGUCAUAUUGUAUGUCAUAUUGAAUUCGUUUGCUGUUAUAUUUAUCUGUGGACUAAUUUUUGCAGACUAUCUUCAUCUUGGGCUAUCAAUAUUGCGUCGUCUGCGCAACAGAGUAUUUUUGCUUCUUUGUUUCCCAUUCCUUUGUUGACGCACAAGGUCUUGUAAAAAAAUAUCUACGACUUUAAUCAAUAUGUUGGAAUUAUAGUUAACUCCUCAUAUACAAUAUGUUUUAUUGCUAUCUAAAGUAUCUUCAUUUCAUUUUAAAAUUGUUUAUUUUUUGUUUCAUUUUACCUCCAUUUUUUUGAAAUCAGACAUUUCAUCGACUGUAUAUCUUUAUAAAUGUAGAUGUCGAAAAUUUCAAAAGUUUGGGAGUAUAACAGAUAAAUUUCGAAGGUUAUACCAGAAAAACAAAAGAUUUUUGCUCAAUUAUAGAAUAUUUUUAAUGACGUUAAUUGACAAUUAGUCAUUUCACAAAUCAUAAAUUUAUGUACAUGACAUUUAUGGUUUGUCGUUUGAAUAUUGUAGCUCAUUUUUCUUUCCUUCAUAGUGUUGAGUAUGUCUUUUUCUUUUUUCAUCUUUCUUAAUAUUUCCGUGUUUGUUACGUGUUGUGUCCAUGGUAUUUACCACAUUCUUCGUAACACAGCAUCUCAAAGCUGGCAAGUGACAGCUUUUUCAGUUGCUUCCGUAAUGACACAGCCACCUUUACUUUACGUUAAGUAAAGGUGGCUAUGGUAAUGGACAUCCUAAGUCUUGACGUCACAAAAUUGGGAGGAGCUUAUAUUUGACUCCAAACAAUUUUGUUUAUAAGGUUAAACACUCAUAAGGAAUUUUUCAUUUAUUGUUUACGUGGUUUGUGUGACAAAAUAAGACUUUUCAUUUAGGUAUUUAGUUAAAGAAACGUGUCAGUUACGAGAUUUUUAUUCGUUUUUGCCCAGGCGAGUUAAUUUAAUACAAUGAUUAGAACGUAAACAGUUUUGAGGUUAUGUUUAUUUUCAACCAGUAAGGAAUAAAAACCACCUGAGCAAAAACGAAUAACAAUCUCUUAAUUAACAAGUUUCUUUAAGGAAAUACCCAAAUGAAGUCUUAUUUUGCCACACAAAGCACAUAAAUGAAAAAUUCCUUAUGACAAUUUAUCGUUACAAACAAAAUUGUUUGGAGUCAAUAUAAGCUCCUCCCAAUUUUGUGACGUCAGACUUAGGCUGUCCAUUGUCCAGUCUUUAACUCCAUAUAACGGAGGAUAUAAAGGACAGACGGAUGUCAGCUAAUAAUGUAUUUUAAUUCAACAAUUUUUUCUUUAGUUUUGGACCUUGUUGAGGGAGGGGGAGGUUUCCCUCCCCGUGUAUCCGACACUGAUUUAAAGUAAAUGUUAAACUACUAUUAUGAUAAAAUAAUUCACAAUGUAUUCAAGCUAAAAUUCAUUAAUAAACUCAAGAUAUUCUUACUAUGUCCACUAUAUAGUAAGAAUAGUGUUGUGUGUUGUGUCCCAGAAAUGUAGCUUUAUAUUUACUAUGUAAUGUAAAGUAACCAAAUAACGAGUACCUUCGAAAAUUUUAUUCCAAAGUACAGUUGUCAGAACUACUAUAGUUAAGUUCCCCGUUUUAUAUGUUGGUGCUAUCACUUAUCUAUCUUUAAGUUACAUUUUGGAUUAUUUAUAAUAAAUCCUUAAAAAAUAUACAAUAGUUUGUUUUC